CCGCCCUUCAAUUUCAAACGCACACUCUUCGACUUCACUGUCCCUCCCUUUUAUUGAAACCAAACCUCGCUUUUUCUCUCCGCACUCGCUUUCUUUUUUUUCUCUCUCCUAGGGUUUGCUCCGCCAUUGACCCACUGUUCACCGCAAGGUCAAGCUCAAUUUACAUGGAACUGUAAAAAGAGGAUAGUUAGAAGAUAAAUAAAUAUUAAAGCGGCAAGUGGUCAUGGAUAAACCAGAGCAGGCUCAACAACAGCACCACCAGCAACAACAGCAUGUGAUAGGAGUUGCUGCAGGUGCUAGCCAAAUGGCCUAUUCUUCCCACUACCAGACUGCUCCCAUGAUGGCUUCCGGCACACCCGCUGUAGCUGUUCCUUCCCCAACACAGCCUCCACCUGCCUUCUCUAGUUCCGCUCACCAGCUUGCGUACCAGCAAGCACAGCAUUUCCACCAUCAACAGCAGCAACACCAACAGCAGCAGCUUCAAAUGUUCUGGUCAAACCAAAUGCAAGAAAUUGAGCAAACAAUUGACUUUAAAAACCAUAGUCUCCCACUUGCUCGGAUAAAAAAGAUAAUGAAAGCCGACGAAGAUGUCCGGAUGAUUUCAGCUGAAGCUCCAGUCAUCUUCGCAAAGGCGUGUGAAAUGUUCAUAUUAGAGUUGACACUGCGAUCUUGGAUCCACACAGAAGAGAACAAGAGGAGAACACUACAAAAGAAUGAUAUAGCAGCUGCCAUUUCAAGAAACGAAGUUUUCGAUUUCUUGGUUGAUAUUAUUCCAAGAGAUGAGUUGAAAGAGGAAGGACUUGGAAUAACCAAGGCUACUAUUCCAUUAGUGGGUUCUCCAGCUGAUAUGCCUUAUUACUAUGUCCCUCCACAGCAUCCUGCAGGACCUCCUGGAAUGAUCAUGGGAAAGCCGGUUGACCAAGCGGCGCUAUAUCCGACGCAGCAGCCUCGACCUCCCAUGGCUUUCAUGCCAUGGCCCCAUUCUCAACCGCAGCAACAGCAACCACCCCAACAACAACAAACAGACUCUUGAUGAUUAUGUGCCAAUUCAAUUAGGUCGGGAAGUAGCACGCAUCUUUUAUUACAAAUUUACUUAAUGACAUUCAGUUAGCUAUAGUUAAGUGUUAUGCAUUGAAAAAGGCCAAAGAUUGUUUCAGGUUUUUUGCACUCAUUUAUGAUUGUAUGAGCUCUAACGCUUAUGAAUUACUUGUGGUUGUGUUUACCUGAGGUACUGGUUUGAUAGUGAAUUAGUUUGCAGUUGUCCAUAACUAGUGACCGUAGCUGCUUCAUUAGGAGUUUGAAAUGAUGAAAUGUUGCAGAAGCUAGGUUUAAUUCAGUAUUUCAUUCCACUAUAAUGGCUGAAUUUAAUGCUCGUCUGCUUAGUACUACUUUUUUAAUUUUAUUUUCUCUAGUAACUCGUUGAA